GGACAUUGGCUUGGAAAAUGCAGAAUUUGCCCUUAGCCAUUUCAGUCGCAAGGUAGAGAGUGAAGGAGACAGCGAGCCAACUGAGAGAGAAGAGCAAUGGCGUCGGCUUGGAGGUGGGCUAUACUCCGUCACGUUCGAGUCCCGGUGACGCAAUCCCUCUCAUCCAACGGAUCGCGACUCAUCUCCGGCCGAUGGAUGUCGUCGGUCGACGGCCACCUCUCCAAGGAGCAAGUCUCCGAUAGAGUCCUAGACGUCAUCAAGAACUACCCCAAAGUCGAUCCUUCCAAGGUAACUCCCGACGUCCAUUUUGAGAAGGAUCUUGGCUUGGACAGCUUAGACACAGUUGAGAUUGUAAUGGCGCUUGAGGAAGAGUUCAAGCUUGAAAUUCCGGAUAAGGAAGCGGUUCAAAUCGACUCUUCCAAGCUUGCAAUCGAGUAUAUUCACAACCAUCCUAUGUCAAGUUAAGUGGUUUUUUAGUAGUUUGGGAUUGGGGUUCCUUCAAUUCCCACCGGUAUUUGCCUUUUGAAUGUGGAAUCAUUCAUCCUUCAACAAAGAAACAUCCAAUGAUCAUAUUGUGUAAGCUUUGUGACUUUGUUUUUUUGUUGGGGGGAUUGCUUUGUUUUUGCAUAUUUUGGUGUUCAAUCUUUGAAAGAUGCAUUGGCAAAUAAAAAAUGUAUGCAUGGAAUUGUCAUUUCCCUUCAUUCCUUUUUAUGGCCACUUUUAAUUUGAUGCCGAGUUGCAUAGAUAAAUGAGUAAUGCUAGA